AUGGCUAUUCAGAAAGUUGCCGUCAUUGGAGGCUCUGGUCUUCUCGGAUCCAAGGUCGUCGAUAGCCUUCUCAACACUGGCUUCGAAGUCACAGUCGUAAGCAGAAACGAGUCCUUAGCAAUCUUUCCUGAUAAUGUGAUUGUCAGACGUGUCGACAUCACCUCUGUCGACUCGGUCAAGGAUGCUGUCACCGGCCAGGAUGCCGUUGUUUCAACAGCGACUACCAUAGCCUCUGGAGGCCAGAAAGUUAUCAUUGACGCUGUUAUUGCUGCCAGAGUUCCUCGAUUUAUCCCUUCUGAAUUUGGUAUUCCUUCUCGUCAGAACCGUGAUAAGAAAAUCGGGAAAAUUCUCGCUGCCAAGGUGCAGAAUACUGAUUAUCUAAUUGAGCUUUCCAAACAGCACGAUUGGUUCUCGUGGACUGGUCUUUCCAACGGUCUCUUCCUAGAUUCGAACCUCAAAAACCCCUAUAGCUUUAUCGAUAUCAGGAACCGCAAGUUCCGCGUGGUAGAUUCGGGAAACGAGCCGUACUCCACAACUUCCCUUAGCUUUAUCGGAAAAACUGUAGCUUCUAUCCUCAAGAAGCCUGAAGAAACGGCGAACAGAUAUCUCAAUAUUGCAGGUGUCACUACGACACAAAACGAGGUUCUGAGGAUUGUUGAACAAGUCACUAGAGAUAAGUUUGACGUCUCGCAUGCCAGUAGUGCCGAUGUAGAGAAGAUUGGCGAUGACAAGAUUGCCAAUGGAGACUUUAGUGCUUUUGGAAACUAUUUGGAGCAGUUCUUGUUUGCUGAUGGCGCCGGGAACGCGUUGAAGGGCGAUGAGAAUGCUAUUGGGCUCCUUGGGCUCGAGGUGGAGAGUCUAGAGGGUGUUAUCAAGACUGUUUUAGCUGAGGUCGAAUGA